AUGAAAAACAAAAUAUACAAUUCAUAUGCUAUCGGGGUUUCAAUAUCAACCUUUUGUUUAACAUGUGGAAUGGAAAUGCAAACUUACUUAACUGCUAAAAGUUCCAAGCUUUUUGCAGCAAUUUUCACAAAUCCAUCAAAGAUUGAGGAUACAAUACUAAGCACAAGUAACCCUCUAGGCGCAAUAUUCGGAAGUAUAAUAUGUGGUCAAAUAUGUCAUAAAUUUGGAUUCAUUCGAGGAUUUCAAGUAAUAUGUUUGCUUUGGAUAAUUGGAAUCAUAAUCGCGUUCUUCCUGUCUACAACAUGGUUAUUGAUUAUCGCAAGAGUAGUAAAAGGAGUUGCAAUUGGGUUUACUUAUGCCAGUGUUCCAAUCUAUAUUUAUGAAACUAUUCCACCGAAUAGCCGAGGAAGAGUCUUAUCAAUCGGUAUAUUCUGUGGUGCUUCAGGAAAUUUAAUCACAUUCUCAAUUUAUAAUCUCAUAGAAGAGUUUGUUAAGGAAAUUGCACCGAUUUGGACCAGGCUAUACUGGAGCUUUGGAGUUGUUCCGGUGGUUAUAUCCUUUGGAUUCACUUUUUUAAUUCCAGAAUCUCCUAAAUGGUUAGCGACAAAUUCCAAAUGGGAAACAGCAGCAGAUGUUUUACAAAGUAUUCAAUUGAAAAAUUCAUCAGGACUAGAAAGCAAAACUAAAGAUGAAAGGAUCAAACUCGGAGAUAAACAUUUUGUGAUCAAGGAGUAUACCUCAGGUGUAUGUGUCAAGAGUUGUUCACUCAAUCGAUUAUUUGGCAAGAAAUAUAUUAAAGAGUUGGUCACAGCAAUCCUAAUCCAAUUCUUCCUAGUAUUUACAUUUAUAACAAAAUUGCAGGAAUCAUUUGAUUGUAUUUGCAAUGCAUGUCAAUUGUUAACUGUUGAUACCAAGCUUGCUAAUUUAUUUGAUAUUUCAAUGAGAAUAUUGUUUGCAUGUUUCCCCAUUGUGGUGCUAGAUAUAUUAAGAAGAAAAGAUAUCCUUGUAUUUGCAGUUAUCAUAACUACAGGGAUUAUGAUAGGAUUUACUAUAUUAUUCUUAUUCUUUUCUUACAAGACUUCGGCUGCGAGGAUAAACUGGCAAUUGCAGCGAGUAUUCUUUGACCAAACAGCUUCAUUUUUGUUAGCGUUGACUGUGUUGGCAGAUGUGAUAUAUACUUCAAUAUUACUUCCAUCAUGUUGGUUACUUACAAUUGAGACCUUUUCAAGUUCCUCAAGAAUCCAAGGAUGGGUAGUUUCAACAUGUAUAUUUUGGAUACUUGAAACUAUAACAUCUCUUGUAUUUCCAUUUUUAUUACAAAUCUUGAAUGAAUGGUUAUUUCUUGUAAUAUCAAUUAUUUGCAUUGUUGGACUAGGGUUUUCAAUUAAAUUAGCAGAAACUAAAGGGAAGUCGGGGCUUGAUUCAGACUUUGUAUUGGAUUCCAAGUCAAUACUCCAACUUUCUCCAACCAAGAGCAUUCAAAAAGAAUUACCAAGAUUUGCACAACCUAUUGAAAAAGUGCAAGCCAAUCGGGCGAUAUCAACGUAUCGUCACAAUACUAUCAAUAGAUUUGGAAGUAAGAAUGCCAGUUUAGGAUCGAAAAGAGUGAAUGAAAUAGUGCAAAUCCAAGGGGAAUCUGAAAACAAAGAAAACCAAACAACCGGAGCAAGUUCUGAAGAGGAAGAGGGUACAAGUCAAUCUUAUUCUCCUGCUAGUUUAGAAUCUACAUAA